AAAGAGCCUUUGCGGCGCAGUGGGAGGAAUAUCCCCUUGCCAGAACUUGUGGCGGCUUCAGUGGCUACCUGUGCUGGAGGAAGUGAACCGAACAGAAUCAGCAAGAGGAGCGGAGGUUCAGGAACCAAACAAGGACUUCCAUUUUAUCACCGACAAGGAACGAAAAAAGCCAAGGAGAGCUCCGGAUUCAUUUGAGCGAAAGUAAACCCAGCGAAGGGCUUCAGAUCAUCCCGAGAUCACAUUCCAGCAGAGGAAAAUGAGUCUUUCACCCCGCACUAAGCUUGCAUGACGGACUGAGGGCUCUUUGGACUUCAGUGCACUCAUUCUCUGUCAGCAACGUUGACUAAAAAAUCCAAAUCCUGAGGGGGGCGGGGGAAGAACGCUUUUCCUUAAAAGGAAUAACAGAAAAGCUUUAAGAUGGAGGAGGGAUACGAGCUCGACCUCACCUAUAUCACAGAACGGAUCAUCGCCGUCUCCUUCCCUCGGGGAUGCUCUGAGGAGAUCUACUUGCUUAAUCUAAAGGAUGUCACACGAAUGCUCAAAUCCAAGCAUGCAGAUAAUUACCUGAUUAUCAACCUGUCAGAGAGAAGACAUGACCUCACCAGAAUGAACCCAAAGACUUUGGACACCGGUUGGCCAGACCUACAUGCUCCUCCGCUGGAUAAGAUCUGCACCAUCUGUAAGGCCAUGGAGAGUUGGCUCAAUGCCGACCCUUUACAUGUGGUCGUCAUACACUGCAGGGGUGGCAAGGGUCGAAUUGGUGUUGUCAUUUCCUCCUUUGUGCAUUUCACUGACGUGUCUGCCAGUGCUGAUCAAGCACUGGACCGCUUUGCCAUGAGGAAAUACUACGAUGACAAGGUCUCAGCUCUGAUGACACCUUCACAGAAGCGGUAUGUUUGGAUCCUCAACAGUUUACUAAGUGGGUCCAUGAAGAUCAACGCCUCACCUUUGUUCCUGCACUGUGUCGUCCUCCAUGGGAUCCCAAACUUUGAGGCUGCCAGCAGAGUGUGUUGCCCAUACAUCAAAGUCUACCAAGGAAUGCAAGCAGUGUACUCCUCUGGAGUCUAUCACAUUGGUUCAAAUCACAGGGAUCGUGUGUGUAUCAAUCUGGAGCCUGCCCAGCUCCUGAAAGGAGACAUCAUGAUCAAAUGCUAUCACAAAAGUGAUGUAACGUCAGAACGCGAGGUGAUUUUCCGGCUGCAGUUCCACACGGGAGCAGUACAGGGUUACAACCUGAUAUUUGAAAAGGAGGACAUGGAGAAUGCCAACAAAGAUCCCAGAUUUCCAGAUUACGGCAAGGUUGAACUUAUCUUUUCUGAAGGACCAGAAAGAAUUCCAGGUGCUGACAGGUGGCAAAAUGGACCCGAUGUUAAUGUGGAUUACAACACUGCAGAUCCUCUGACUCGCUGGGACUCGUACAAGAACAUCUGUGAUGGUGAAGCGCCACGCUCUCAGGGCCUAAACCAGGACAAAGCAGCUAGCAAGAGGAGCGUUGUCUGUGGAGAAGCCACGCUGGGAAGAGGGACCCGCACAACCUCCACCACCUCCAGCCCUGACCAUAGUGACCACGCCCUGUCUGUGAGCAGCGACUCAGGCCUGUCCAGCACAUCUCUGUGGGCAGAAAGACAGACACCUGUCACCACCAGCAGCAGCAGCAGCACCACCACUGUGAGGGCUAACCAAGGACCCAGUCCACAGGAGAAGGUCCAGCUGAAGCAGCUCCUUAGUGGUUUUGGUCUCGAGGAUCCUUCCCUGGAUGAGAUGGAUGACCCAGGCCCUAAGUUGGGCUUGAAACAGACACUUCCAGUACAGUUGCACUUUAAUGGAGACACCCGACCCCGAGAGAGAGAGACGGACAUCCUUGAUGAUGAAGUCAACACAGGUCAUGAUCUGCACAGUUUGGACAGCCUAGGAACUCUGUCGUCCUCGUGCCACAAGAGCAGCCAAAAUUCCCUUCUUUCGGAUGGGUUCGGGUGUCCUGGAUCAGAGGACCAUCACAACCAGCACCACUUACAUCACACUGCACCUCAACAAAUGGAUGAUUUUGAGAGAAGAACCUUUCUGAGCUCCAGAAGCAACUCUGUGACUUCCUCUAACCCCAGCAGUGCUCCUACACCAAAGCAGCAGGUUUACAGACAGGAGAGCUACUCCACACAGUCCUGGGUUCGGCAGCAACAGAUGGUUGCUAUGCAGCAGUUUAACUACAUGCCUGAGGAUGGAAAUGACACCGAUAGGUAUUCUGGGAUCAAAUCUGGGAGCGGUUCACCCAAAGAAUGUCUGGCCAACCAACCACAGAACCACAUCAGGGACACAAAAAUGGAAAGUGUCAAGAACACAGUACCUCACAAGGAACAGCCAACCACCAAUAAUAACAACAACAAUAACAAGCAUGAUGACGAGAUAAAGUCCCUAACAAUGGAUAUUGAUAACUCCAUUGAUCAUCUAAAUCAGCUGAUCAUGGACCUGGAUCCCAUGUUUGUGCCUAGAUCGGGCUUCAGCAAGUCCACCAAGAGGGAUGGCGGGACGCAGUUCAACGGCUCAGCCAGCAAAAGUUCAAACAGCAUGGAUGUCAGAUUCAACGAUUGUAACACAGCAACUCUAAAAAACCCAACACAGACAGUUGCCCCGUCCAAUGAUGUGCGAAGAACUGUCACACGAAGUUUGAGUUGCCAAGGGCAGGAUGUAAUGGAUCAUCACUCAGACUUUUGUAACUCAGGGUGGGGUGACCCAGAAGAGUACAAGGGCCAGCAGACAUACCCGCCGUGUGUCUCUCAGUUUCAACAUCCCACGUUAUACAGAAGUGCCAGUACCAGUUAUAGAACCCGGGGCCUAGACAACACUGGGGGAAUUGAGACAGGACUUGGCAUGGCUCCACCCACUCCUGCAUUCCCCAUCUCACCACCAACACCUUACGUGAAAACUAUGUCGGAGUUCACUGAACUCAGGCAAAUUCCGUCUCCCAACAUGCAGUCUUUUGGAAGCUUUGGAACAAAUCAAGAACCUCAUGGACAUUCUGUGAUCAAUCAUGUGAGCUUUGAGACUUUGCCAGAUUCCUCUAUCAGCUGCCACAGGAAUCUAAAUUCAAUGUACUCUACCUCCAUCACCGGAAAUCAUCAGCAGACAGACAGCUCAUCUGUAAGUCAGUCCUGGCCAGAGCAUCAUGUCCUGACCCAUCAAUCCUCCCUGAGUAACUACCCAUCUGUCCGACAGCCGCCACCGGCCUCGGUGUCUCUCGAAUAUGGCCAUCACUCUCCCUUACAUCCUCCAUUACACCAACCUCAUGCGCAUCCUGUCCCCAACGCACACAGCUCUCCACGAAGCAGCCAGCGAAGCCGUUUGACUGGCUACACAAUCAGCCGUAGUCCCCAGCGCUUUGACGAGCAAGACAGCUCAGUUCACUAUGGCGAAGACUGUCUGGACAUGGGUAUCGACAGGGAUCUUCUAACUUCAAUGGACGGUCAACAUCAGUUACAGUUUCCCCAGACACAGCCUCCUCUGCUUCCUGAAAAAAAGAGGGUAUCAGAUGGAGAGCAUUCACUGGGGACUGUAUCUCCAGCCCUCAGUGGGUUCUCGAGUCCCCAUAGUGGGAGCUCCCUGAGUAUUCCUUUUCCUAAUGUGCUGCCCGACUUGUCAGCUCAGACACCACUUGCUGCCUCACCUCUCCCAGAUGUACUGGUCAGCAAGCAGGUGACUGUAAAGUUUGUUCAGGAAACUUCAAAAUUCUGGUAUAAACCAGAUAUUUCAAGAGAUCAAGCUAUUUCAGUUUUGAAGGAGAAGGAGCCUGGCUGCUUCAUAGUGAGGGACAGCCACUCCUUCAAAGGGGCUUAUGGUCUGGCUAUGAAGGUGUCUACACCUCCUCCCUCAGUCAUCCAGCAGAGCAGAAAAGGAGGUGAUCUAUCCAACGAACUGGUGCGCCACUUCCUGAUUGAGGUCACACAGAAAGGCGUGCGUCUGAAGGGGUGCCCCAAUGAGCCCUACUUUGGAAGCUUACCUGCCUUGGUUUACCAACAUUCAAUCUCCCCACUGGCUCUUCCCUGUAAACUUAUUAUACCGGACAAAGAUCCUCUUGAAGAUGUUGUGGAGAGCAUUUCACCUUCAGUCACUAACUCAGCUACUGAGCUGCUGAAACAGGGAGCAGCCUGUAAUGUGUGGUACCUGAGCUCUGUGGAGAUGGAGUCUCUAACAGGAGUCCAGGCAGUGCAGAAAGCCACGACCAUGACCCUGGACGCUAACCCUCCACCAAUCCCUACUGUGGUCCAUUUCAAAGUUUCCUCCCAGGGAAUUACUCUCACGGAUAACCAGAGGAAACUCUUUUUCAGGAGACAUUACAAUGUCAACACCGUGAUAUUUUGUGCUUUGGACCCUCAAGAUAGAAAGUGGAAGAAAGAUGGCUGUCCAUCAGCAAAAAUCUUUGGCUUUGUGGCAAGAAAAACUGGCACUUCCAUGGACAAUGUGUGCCACCUAUUUGCAGAACAUGACCCCGAACAGCCAGCGAGUGCCAUUGUGAACUUUGUCUCUAAAGUGAUGAUUGGCUCACAAAGGAGUAAGUAGGGCAGAGCUGAUCACCUGGAAAAAUGUUUACUGAGGCCAGACGCAGCAACCAAAAGACUGAGGAUACGGAGUACCUAAAGUCAGGAACUGCUAAUGAAAAAGUCUCUGACUGUGGAUGUUAAAUGGAUAUUUACUGAGUGUUGCUGAAAUAACUCACUGAUAAUACUAUUAGUAGACAAACAGUGAUAUGUUUCAAAGAAGAAAACAGUUGCCUGUUUAUUUCUAAUUGAAAUUUACCGUAAGUCAGCUCAAGACCCUUAAAGUAUUGUUAUUUCUAUACAUUUACAAUUCUAGUGCCCUGUACUGUUAUAAAUUAUUAUUAAAUAAUCAACAUCUUACACAUUUCUGAACACAGGUGAUUUGAAUGUCUAAAAAGCUUGAAAAUAAAUUAAGCUUUUAUUGCAUCAGACUGAUAAUUUUCUAAAGAUUUCUUCUUUUUUUUUUCUUCCAAGUACAUUUAUUUAACAGAGAAAAAGAAAUUCCAUGUUAAGAAACAAGAGGGUUUUUUGUUAUUUUUUCAGCUUCCUUGAAAAUUUAACUUAAGGACUCAUUUACUCUUUACUGUUGAUCAGAGUGUUAAGAAUCUCUAGUUAGCUAUUUAGAAUGUUCUGUUCUCUUGUGGGACAAAUAUUGCUUGACGUAGAGGGAAAUUUUUCUCAGCAACUUUGCAUAAUGAGAGCACAUGCCUGUUGAGGGGCAGAUGUGUGACAACAUAAAGAUUUGGUGGGAGCAAUGUGCUUUUUAAUUUAAUAUUUUUUAAAUUACAAAUUAAUUCCAAACUGACUUAAUCCAAGCAAUUAACAAACAUUACUUUGUAGGUGACGUACAAGCAUAUUCUUUUUUUACUAUAUCUGAGUAUCUCAGUUUGAACUAUGAAUAUCUGAAAAACAGAGUAACAAAUGGGGAAAAUAUGUAUGUUUGGAGAUAGCUGCGUUUAUUUUGUAUUGUUAUAUUUUACCUAUGCAAUGUGUAUUUCUUUUUUCUGAGUACGGUAUGCAUGGGUUGUAUUGGAGUGUCUUCUUUUAAAGUGUUAAGGUCUUUUUUUUUUGUCAUAAGAUAUAUUAGAACAUGACCACUUGGAAUUUUUUUGUUUUUGUUUUGAGGGAUUUUAUGUGAGUGUUUUUGUAUUAAAUUUAUAGGCAAUGUACAAUGCUGUUUCAUCUAAACCCUAAAAAAUAAUAUAUAUAUAAUUGUAUAUAUACAUGCAAAAACUGGUUAAAAGACAAUAUUGCUAUUUUAUAGAAGAUGAUGCCUAUCAUAAUCAGCUACCUAGAUUUCCAGCUUUAGUUUUUUGUUUUUUUGCUGGAAUACUAUGGCCAAAAACAGUCUUGUAGUUUAGUUGAGGUCUUUCUGACUUAAAAAAGGAAACAAGCUGCUGAAUUUGGGGGCAAGAAGAGCAGUAGAGGAGGCUUUAACCUUUUAAAACUAAUUUGUAUGAAAUAUAUAGUUCAGUGUUGGAAGUGUACUUAGUCACCAUUAGUCAUCUGUCAAUGACAUAUACAAUACACCUGUGCUUGGGGCAAAAAUUACUUUUAACUGUCCAAGAUUAUUGUAUUUGAGAUAGUGACUGUUUUCAUAUACCUUUUUUGCUUUGGAUAAUCAUUUAAAUCCAGAGAGGAACCCAGAGUCACAACAAAAUUGUUGCUACUGUUGGAUGGAUUUCCCCUGAAACCUGAUACUUUCCUGCACUGCAGAAGAAGCUGUUUUUCUCACUGUCUAACAUUAGAUCAAGCUAAUGUUUUCUUUUGAUAGGUCAGUAAGAAUAAUUCUUUUAUUUCUAUUUGUUUAAUGCCAGAAUAUUAUCUUUUUUAUUUUUAGAUAAGAUUGUAUUACUUUCUUCAGAUACAUAUGUUUAAAUACUUCAAGACCACCAUGUUUAUAAACUAUUUGGGAAAGCCCAAAUGAUCAUAAUAUCCCAGCUUUGUAAGUUUCUUAUAAGUCAGCGUACAACAUUUAUAUAGAGGCCUGAAGGUGAUAUUUUUAGUUCUUCAAACAAUAGGUGAGUGCUAAAACCAUGGGAGACUUAUUAUCAAAAUAUGUCUCCCAUGGGAGACAUAUACAUCAAUAUGUGUCAAAACAUAAAUGUUUGUAACAUUUACCAUUGUUAGAUUUAUAAGGUAGAAGUGAAAAUUUUGCAUAGCCUCAUGUACCAUUAACAGCUGAUAAGUAGGGUGGUGGCAGCAUUAUGCUCUGUGGCUGUUUUGCUGCUGGAAGGCCUUGUGGUCUUCACAAGAUUGAAGGCGUCAUGAAAGAAUGUAUUGUGGAAAUUUUGAAGCAACAUCUCGGGACAACCACAGAGAAGUUAAAGUUUGAGCACAAAUUGAUCUUCCAAAUGGACAAUGAGCCAAAGUAUUUUGUCAAAUUAGAUAAGAAGGUCAUAGAGGUACUCAACAUCAAGCCACACAUUUUAAAGGACAAUGUUACCAAACCCUAUAAAAUUGUAUGUAAGCGUCUGAAUUUGAGGAAAGUAUUUUAUUUCUCAAUAUAUUCUAGCAUUUGGCCAACCGAAAUAAACUGAGAAAUGACUGGACUCACAUAAUGUUAGCAAGAAAAAAAAGGUAGUUAUUUUAUACAACAUAUGUACAUAUUUGGUUUUAAGUGUGAGACUUUUGAGAUUCAGAUCAAAAGUAUUAUAAUAUGAACUUAAGAUUAAAUGUUUACAUAGAUGUAACUCCCUAUAUACUUGUACCUCAUGCUUAUUUUAUAAUGCCUGUGCAUAUAAUGUGUUACAUGUCUGCAUCUUCUUUUUGUAUUGAUGUCAUGUCCUUUUAAUGUGUUAUGUAAAUAAACACACAAUUUUUUUUUUUCUGUUUUAA